AUGGUCAACGUUGUCCAACCCGUUCGCAGUUGGGCUGGAAGGCUCUGCGGUGCGUUCCAAUCCAAGGAGGCCUUCCUUCAAUACGUUCAUACCGACGGCAACGCUCAUGCUCAACACUCAUGGACAAACGAGGACCUGAAGCCCUCCCCACCUGAGAUGGUGAACUGGCAGUGGUACAACUUCUGUCUCUUCUGGUUUGGCAUGGGCUUUGGCAAUUGGACUUUGGGUUCCAGUCUUGUCGGGGCAGGUCUCUCGUGGUGGCAAGCGACCAUCGCCGUCUGGAUUGCCGCCUUCGUCUCCGGCACCUGCAUGGCGCUCAACUCGCGUGCGGCUGCCAACUACCACGUCGGCUACCCCGUCAUCCUGCGCACCUGCUUUGGCAUGUAUGGCCAUUACUGGCCCGUCCUGGCGCGUGCAGUCUGCGCAUGUGUGUGGGUGUCCGUCAUCACAUUCCAAGGUGGUGCCUUUGUUUCGACAAUGAUCCACUGCGUUGUCGGGCAGAAGUGGAACAACCUCGCCGUGCAGUUCCCUAAUUCUGUCGGCACGACGGUGCAGCGCUUCGUCGGCUUCCUCAUCUUCUGGGCGAUCGAGCUCCCCUUCUGCUGCCUCCGCCCGACACAGCUGCGUUGGCUAUACACAUUCAAGGCGUGGACACUGCCCCCCUCUGUCAUCGGCCUGCUUAUCUACUGCCUCGUGCAGAGUAAGGGCGAGCUGGGGUCCACCGCAGCGUUGGCUGGGACAACUGCUCUCCCAAAAGGUUCCGUUCUUGCAUGGCUGUGGGUCAGCUCCAUCAAUUCGUGCAUGGGUAACUGGUCAACCUUCAUCGCGAACAUGCCCGAUUUUUCGCGGUACGCGAAAAACCCUAAAGCCGUGUUCUGGACACACAUUCUCUUCGUGCCAUUCCCCGCAGCCAUCGUAUGUAUCCUAUUCCAUUUCACACUCUAUUGUGACGCUCAUAUUCCGCGCAGGGGGGAAUGA